UUCUAAUUUCCGACAUUGACGGACUGUAAUGUUACAUGAUUUCCGCAUAGGGUCAAUAUAUAAAACGAACGUUUGGGUGAGAUCGAUUGUUUCAGGAACAACAGAGUGGCAGAGGGGAGGCAACUUAAGAUGACCGCCAUAACAGCUGAAGAUCUGAAGACGAAGCUGACGACAGAAAUUGCCGCCACACAUGCAGAUAUACAAGAUAUGUCUGACGGAUGUGGAUCCAAAUUUGAUGCUGUGAUUGUAUCCCCCCAGUUUGAAGGCAAACAGUUACUAGCUAGACAUAGAUUAGUGAACAACACCUUGGCAGAUGAGAUGAAGGUGAUUCAUGCUUUUACUAUGAAGACCUAUACACCAGAGCAGUGGGAGAAAAUUAAAUCGUCCAGUGAACCAAAUCAGUAGAUCUUAAACCAAUCUGGAAAUCCAAGCUCCUGUGCAGAUUGUCUGGAAAUCAUAGCUCCUGUGCAGAUUAUCUUAACUCCAUUGACUGGAGUUGAUAUCGGAGCGUGGUAAAGACGACAGAAAAUGUUGCUUUUCUCCGAGUGAUAAAGCUGCAUUGUUUGGUUAUAUUCCAGAAAGGUCAGACAGAAAAAGCAAGAAAAGUUUUUUCUCUAGACUGUCAUGCUAACGGUAUCAGAUGAAUUGACAAUGUGUAUUUAUAUAGCUAUAUAGUGUAUAUUUAUGCAAUGUGCUCCAGGUUGAUAAUAAAGUAAUAGUUCUAUAAAACUUUUGUUUCACAUGCAAGAAUUUAAAGAAAGAUUUGAAUUCCUGGACAAAAAAACACAUUGGUAGUAGUCGGAGCUUUCAGUUGACCCAUGACAUUUUGUAAUUUCCUCAGAAUUUGAUCAAAAAUGCAUUUCUUUUGAAAUUGGAAGGGUCAAAACACAUGUCAAAUCGCCUUGUCCAAUCAAAAUCAUGAGUUAAAGCUCAGCGUUGGGACUCGAAACAUACUCGGAAUUUUACAAUUUUCUCACAUUUUUCAGUUGUAUAGGUAAACACAAAUUGCUCACAGUCGCAGCUUUACAAAUUGAAGAGGCGGCCUUGAAACACUAAUACACGUUUAAUACAUACAAUUAAUACGUGCAAUAUUUUUGUAUAAAGAAAAACUUGAUAUUACAUUUUUCCAAACUGAUAAAUCUUUUAAAAGCUGUUGAACAUACUCUUAUGGGUCUACUGAAAGUUCUGGCCAUAAAAUGAUCUAAAGUCUAAAAUUGUCUCAAAGUUUCGACUUAACCAAUCACAAAUAACAUGAUGAAAAGUGACAUCAUACAUGAUUGACUAGGCAAUAACGUAAGUCCCAAGUCUGUUUCUUGAUCCUGUGACUGGGAUAGUGUGGUUUUAAGUUGAAGCAAAAAUGGCUAUCAUCUGUGUCUUCAUUUGGUGAAAGAUGCGUGUAAUGCUAAAAUAUCAAGGGUACUAGUAUGUUGUAACUUUGUAAGUAAAAUUGUAAAUUGAUUAUUUGAAGAUAGGUAUAAACUACCUGUCUACAAAUUCCCUCACUAUUUAUUGUAUUUUUUUUCUUAAAUCUGUAAUAUUUCUUGGUACAAUCUACAGAUGUAGAGAAAUAGCAAUCAUACAACUUGUCUCGUUUGUAAUAAAGAUUUUUUCUAACCU